CAGUUUCGGGGCCAGCUGGGCUCUGGUAAAUGUAGUUCUGCGCGGACGCUUCCGCCAUCGGCCGUGUCCGUCCGCACCGUUAGGCCUGAGGGGCCAUACCUCUCAGGAACAAUACAGUUCAUGCGAGAUAGGAAAGAAGAGGCCACAAGACCAAGGAUGCAGUCUCAGUUGACAGACUUUUGACCAGAAGCCUCCCCCAAGAGUGUCAGGACGGAGAGAAAUCGCAAAACAGAUUUCCCAAAAGCAGCAGAAAAUGAUCGAGUCACAGGUAUCAUUUGAGGAUGUGGCUGUGGAUUUCACAUGGGAAGAAUGGCAGCUUCUGAAUCCUACUCAGAAGAACUUGUACAGAGAUGUGAUGCUGGAGAACUAUAGCCAUCUCGUUUUCUUGGGUUGUCAAAUUGUCAGACCUGAUGGGAUUUGCAAACCGGAGAAAGAAGAGGCCUGGAUGGUAGAUGAGGAAAUCCUGAGUCAGAACCUUUCAGAAGUCUGGCUAGAUAAUAAAUCCAAAAUGCUGCAUCAAGAUAAUCAAGACAAGCUUAAAAGUAUGGAGAGUGGCCACGAAUAUGAUGUUCUGGGGAGAAUAUUUAAUUCAAGCAUGAACUUUGUUCAUUUAGGAAUGAGAUCCUAUAAAUGUGGCACAGGUGAAAAAAGUUUAAAACAUCCUUUUGAUUUUCUUAUUUCAAAAAGUAACUGUGGAAGAAAGAAACUUGAUGAGCUCAAUAAGAAAAUACCAUUUUAUAUUAAACCUGACAGAACCCAUGGUGGAAUAAAAUACUGUCAUUGCAAUAAAUGUAGAAAAGCCAGCAGUAAAGAGUCAUGGCUUAUUACAAAUCACAUAACACAUACAGGAGUCUAUUUGUGCAUGGAGUGUGGCAAAGUCUUUAACAAGAAGUCACAGCUUGUCAUACACCAAAGAACUCAUACAGGAGAGAAGCCCUAUCAGUGCAGUGAAUGUGGAAAAGCUUUCUCACAGAAGUCACUGCUCACUAUUCAUCAAAGGACUCAUUCAGGAGAAAAACCAUAUGGGUGUGGUGAAUGUCAAAAAGCUUUCAGUAGGAAGUCACUGCUCAUUUUACAUCAGAGAACUCAUACUGGAGAGAAGCCCUAUGGGUGCAGUGAAUGUGGAAAAGCCUUCAGCAGGAAGUCACAGCUUAAAAGACAUCAGGUAACCCAUACAAUAGAGAAACCUUACAGUUGUAGUGAGUGCGGGAAAGCUUUCUCCCAGAAGUUAAAGCUUAUUACACAUCAGAGAAUGCAUACAGGAGAGAAACCCUAUAAAUGUAGUGAUUGUGGAAAGGCCUUUUUUUGGAAGUCACAGCUUAUCACUCAUCAUAGGACUCACACAGGGAAGAAACCUUAUGCAUGCAGUGAAUGUAAAAAAGCCUUCAGCAGGAACUCACUCCUCAUUAGGCAUCAGAGGAUUCAUACAGGAGAGAAACCUUAUGAAUGCAAUGAAUGUGGUGAAGCUUUCAUCAGAAAACCGCAGCUUAUUAAGCAUCAGAUAACUCAUACAGGAGAGAAAAAUUAUCAAUGUAGCGAUUGUGAAGAAGCCUUCUUUAAGAAGUCAGAGUUAAUAAGACAUCAGAAAAUUCAUUUAGGAGAGAAACCCUAUGGAUGUGUUGAAUGUGGAAAAACCUUCUUUGGGAAGUCUCAGCUCCUAACACAUCAGAGAACUCACACUGGGGAGAAGCCUUAUGAAUGCAGUGAGUGUGGGAAAGCCUUCACCCAGAAGUCAAGCCUGAUAUCACAUCAGAGAACACAUACUGGGGAGAAACCCUAUGAGUGCAGUGAAUGCAGGAAAACUUUCAGUGAGAAGUCGAGUCUCAUUCAUCAUCAGAGAACCCAUACUGGAGAAAAGCCCUUUGAAUGUAGUGAGUGUAGGAAAGCUUUUGCCUGGAAGCCACAGCUCCUUAGGCAUCAGAGAAUCCAUACAGGGGAGAAACCGUAUGAAUGCAGUGAAUGUGGGAAAGCAUUUGUUCAGAAAGUACAGCUCAUUAAACAUCAGAGAAACCAUACAGGUGAGAAAACCUAUGGAUGUAGUGAUUGUGGAAAAGCUUUCUUUGAGAAGGCACAGCUCAUUAUACAUCAGAGAAUUCAUACAGGAGAGAGGCCCUAUCAAUGUGGCGAGUGUGGGAAGUCUUUCACUAGAAAGUCACACCUUAUGAGGCAUCAGAGAAUUCACACAGGAGAUAAAUACUAUGGGUGCAGUGAAUGUGGGACCACCUUCAACAGGAAGUCACAACUCAUGAUACAUCAGAGAAAUCAUAUAAUAUAGAAACCCUAUGAGUACAGUGAAUUUGGAAAGUCUUCCAUCAGAAGUCAUACUUUCUAACACUUCUGAGGGCACAUAUAGGAGAGAAAUCCAACUGGGGCAGUGACCAUUGAAAAAGUGUUAAUGGGGGGAAUCAAUUCACUAAACAAAAUUCAGAAAGGAGAGAAUUUUUUAAAAGAUAGACAAUGUAGAAAAGCCGCCUCCCAGAAUAUAAUUCAUUAUACUUUGGGCAACUCAUCAAGGUGAAUACUGACAGUGUUGUGAUAGUAUAGAAGUAGAUAAUAUAGAAGCUUUCUGUCAAAAGUCACAGUUUAUUAAAUAUUUAGAAGACCUAAAUAGGAAAAAAAACCAUUGGUAACAAGUGAAUGAAAGAUUUCAUCAGAAAAAGGACAACUCGCUGUACACUAGAGAAUACAUACAGAAAGGAAAUUGAAUACAGAAACUGAAUAUUAUGUAUUAGAGAUUUCAGACAGAAGAGUAGUCCUAAUAAUUUGAAGAAUUUGGUAAGCAUGACUCUAUUGAAAUAGUUCUAUAAGGAAGUUAUGUUCACUGUAUAUAAAUUAUUACAAAUAGUAGUGAAUUUUAAAUGGUAGGUAUGUUUACUUAAAUGUGAAGACUUCUGCUUUCUGCUGUAGUGGCGUAGCAAGGAUCAGGUUAACUCUUCUGCCUUAAACUGCUAGAAAUUACAACAUAUAUGAAGUAUAAUGGUUUUUAGAUGUAUGACAAGCACAGGUUUGUGGUCCAUGGCAGAACAUAGAGAGUGAGGUGUGUCCUAUGAUCGCCCAGCCUGCUGCCUAAUGGCCAUUACCAAGUUACAGUUCAGAGAAGAGAACAGACAGGCUUGCUGAAGUGAAGAGACAGAAUUGGCAUUUGGGGAACCCACAGUAACUGGAAUUUGCAAAGGCAGAUCCUGGAGAGGAGGGAGCUUCCCAGAGUCAGGGCUCCAGAAAUCAUCAAGGAGUCCCUUCAGUACUUUGGCCUAGUACUGAUUUGCACAUGUGUGAAAGGAAACUCCUGAGGCCAGGCAAAGCAGCACUGGAAAGCAGUAGGCUGAACAGUUGCUGGGGCUCAGACAGGGCUGGGAAUAGUUCAUGUUCCCACCAGCCAGAGUGGAGACAAAUUAUAACACAUGGGGCAUCAGGUAGAAUACUCAGAAGGAUAUUGUCUUAGUAAUGAGGCUAAUUCACCCUAGAUUAAAAGCUGUUCUGGACCCAGAAUAUCUGGCAUUCAGAAAACAUAUAUGGCAUGCAAAGAAGCAAGAAAAUGUGACUCAAAACCAGGAUAAAAAUAAAUCAAGAGAAACAGACCCAUAAAAUACAGGUGACAGAAUUAGUAGACAAGAAUGUUAACAUAGGCUGGGCGUGGUGGCUCACAUCUGUAAUCCUAGCACUCCGAGAGGUUGAGGUGGGAGAAUGGCUCAA